AUGGUAUUCAGUUCCAUUCGAAGACACAUCAAUUACCCAAAACAUAAAGAAUUAGAAAAAAAUUUCUUGGAAAGCAGAGUUACCCACGUUGAGGAUACAAUCAAUCAUCCAGAGUCCCGCCCAAGCCCACAUGAGAACGCAAAUUCACCUGGUCUUGAGGUUGACGAUCCUGCGCUGGACGUGUUGAAUUAUCAAACAACUCAAUCAUGGACCGCAUGUGAGGAUCUGGCCACCAAUGGCAAAGACAAUCAUGAAUUUCUGGAUGCAGGGGAAUCGAAUACAGAGGACAACACAUUCAGUGACAACGAGCUGGACUCGUGUGCAAGUGACCUUGACACAUCAUCUGAUUUGUCCGAUUUGAACUCAAACGAUGAGGCCGACGGCGAGGAUUUUGAGCUAUCAGCAGAAGACCUGGAUUUAAUGCGCGAGCUGGGCAGGGCUGGUGAUGGAGACUUAGCAAGUACCACACCUCGACCACAUGUGGAUAGGAGUUGGUGGCCCUUCCGGACAAAAGAAGUGUGUUUACAGUUAAUUCCUGUUCAUGAUGCUUGCUUAUUUUAUCUCUUCUGUCAGUACAUGAUUGCUUCACUAGUCAUUGGAUACGCCCACGCAAUUCUUUCGCAGAGCAUCUACGACCGCAUCCGCUCAAUGUUUUCAUUGGUACACGUCAUCCUACCUGAUUGGACAACAAACCGACGUGAGAAAAAAAAACACCGGGAUUUGCUACAGAUGGAUGUGAACAAGUCUUACUCAAUCCUGGGGAACCCAACGUACGCCCUGAGCAUCCAGAAGAUCCUCGCGCAGGAAGUUGGAAAUCCUUUGGUCACACGGGCAAUGGAUUACUAUCCCGAAGAUGCGAGGGGCAAAAAUAUAUUCAAGUUAUCUCAAUCCAAAAAAUGGCUUGAGGAUAUGGACCCGGAUUCCAGAGCCCCAAUGGUUCGAACAACAAACGGAGAUUUCUAUCUAUUCGAGCCGGUUCAACUCUCCAACAAUUCCGUUGUCAUUCCCAUUUUUUUUUAUAAAAGAGGUGAGGAUUUGUGGUCAAAGUGUGUGAACCCAGCUUUUGAACCAGAAUCCAACGGACACAACCUGCGAAUCACUAUACCUUGGCGUGUCAAUUUCCACUCAGAUAUCGCUCACGAAAUCAAUAUCUCUGAAUUUUAUUGUGCGUUUCCAAAUAUUGCUGGACCGGAUGGACUCAUGCUAUCUCAACGAUGUCAGGGUAGACUUUAUGAGUUGGGUGAUCACAUGACCGUGAUACAUUUACUGCCUAAUCCAUGGAGGAACCACGCGAAAGGAAGGAUGAUUCGACACAUGCCCAUCACCUUGUAUUGUGAUGACACCUCGGGAAAUCAGUCAAAACGAUGGAACAAACAUGUCUCGUUUUAUUUCACACUGUCUGGACUACCCCCAAACUGGAGCAACCAACAAUAUAACUGUCAUUAUCUCACCACAUCAAAUGUUGCAAAUGCGAUGGAGCUUGCUGGCCCAAUCGUGGAUGAAAUGAACCAAUUGUCAACCACCGGAGCUGUCGCAUGGGAUGCUGGCUUAAUGGAAGAGGUCCUGGUUACAUCAAAUGUCUUGUGCUUCCUGGGGGAUUCCCCAAUGCAUGCUGAGGCAACAAUGGAUGCUCACAGGGACUAUUCAGGGGUACCGGUGGAGGCGGUUGACUGUAGGAAACAAAUCAGAGGGGUGCAUGAGGGAUUGGCUCAAUGGCAUCUUGCAGGUACCAAAACUGGACCACCGGAGCCGCCUGUGGUUGUUGAUCCUUCCCUGCUCUGA